UGUCAGAUCACAUUGACCAGCGCCAUCUACUGAACAAGUGUCUGGUUAUUGACCUGCGGAGGUCACAGGGGUCAAGGUCAUGUCGAUCAGCUGACCAAAGGUCAUCACUGGAGGCGGAUGAGGACGGUUUCGCAGUUUUCAAGGCCUGGCUGUCAGUCAACCUAGAAACCUACUGGAGCCCAGCACUGCUCUCCGCCCUGAGGCGGUUGACCUUAGUCGGCCUGUUGCGACCCUGUCUUCUACUGGUCACCGCCGCCCCAGGUCACCUAGAGGUCAUCAGAAAGGCAUGGUGUCAGCGGACUCUGCGGGCGCCUCCGGGCUACACAGUGGCCAUGUUAGGUGAGGCGCACGGUUACAACGUGACCCCCGUGGCACCGGGUCAAUUUACAUCACUGCCCGAGGCCAUCUGCUAUGUCAUACAGUCGCUGAACGGAGAGAGACCGGAGUAUAAGGUAACUCUGGAUGACGUGUGCUGUCAUCUGAGACGUCAUUUUCCCCAUCUAGAGCUGCCAGAUCGUGGACUGGUGUUCUCAACCCUUGGACGUCUGGUGCGGGAGCGAAAGAUCUACCACACUCGUCAGGGCUACCAGAUCGUCACCCCGGAUACCUAUCAGCGUCAGUUGGCAGCCGAGAUGGAGCGGGACGCCAUGAGAUCGGGAAAACUGGUGUACCGGGCAGUGCAGACGGACUUGGCCGACAUUAUACUGGGAGGUACCGACACCGACCCUGUAAUACACGCGCGUCCUCUACCGGGUGCCUCACUAGCGCCACCUCCAGGACUGGCUGUCUUCGCUCGGAGGCACUCGCUGAAACUCUCCGCCAAUCAACGAGAGGAGCACUUCCGUCGCGCCAGCUCGAUGCGCUACCCGAGUGGCCUGUGUCUGCAGCACUCUGUGAUCAGAAGAACCUUCACCGACGAGACGGCAACCAGCGAGGAGUUUAGUGUCUUGGAGCGUCCAUCUCUGUUCUCCAAACUCCUCCGCCUGGCCGUCCCCCGUCGUCAGCUGGCCACAUUCAGCGCCCAGUUCCCUCCACCAGAGUGGACCAGCGGUGACGUCACUCACCUACACUCGAUCGGCACGCAGACGGCGCCAUCUUGCGGCGGACAGUGGCCGCCAGCUGAGCGAUCGCCCAAGGUGCUUCGUCCGCGCCGACAUAAGAAGUCCCGGCCUCUCAACGGGAGCAUGGACCACCUAGCGGAGGCCGGCGAAACUUCAGCCUUCCCAUGUCAACCACAGGUGGCGCCUCGAUCGUCCACGCUUCCUCGUCGCACGAAACUGGCAGAGUUUCUAGCUGAAACUGCUGGUGAAGAAGAGAAAACUGGGGCGAAGUCAAGACGGAGACACAGAUCACCUAGGAAGCGAGGAGAGAGGUUGAAACCUUCUGGAGAUCUACUACGAGUGCUAGAGCCCGGUCUUCGUCAGAAGAAACCCGAACAAAGUGCGAGUCGUGAUGGAGUCGCUAGUGAGCGAGUUGGUGACUCUUCGAGUCAUGCCGAGUCACUAGCGCAAAGACAUGUAAGGGAGAGACUCGAAGCUCGAGCAAGACACAGCUCGAGUAGAACAAGCAGUGGGUCAAGCCUGGAAAGGUCCGAUACUUCGCCAGCGACAUCUCUGGAACGGGGAGCAAAACUAGAGCCACCGGGACAAACGAAAGAUGGCUCAGCGAAGAAUCGAGAAUCGAUCCGUCGUGAGUCUAGUCGGCAAGAUUCGAGUCGCAAUAGUUCUAGUCGCCAUGACUCGAGUCUUACUCAGGCAAGUGAUGAUCGCAGAGUCAACGGAAGAACGUCUAGUGAGUCUCCUGCAAAGCGAAAGGAGCACAAGUCGCCUAGGCGACGUCAUGACGACUCGAAACUCAAGGUUGUUGACUCUAGGAAGAAGGGUCCAGAAGAAAGCCAUCCGGCAACCCGACAGGCACCAAACCGUCUUGAAUCGAAAUGUCAUGAGACGAUUCAUCACGAAUCGAAACGUCAUGAAUCCAAUCAGCACGAACCAAACCAUGGCGACAAUGCGCGAACAUCUGUCAAACCUCAUGUCUCUGUUCCCAGCAAAGACUACGAGAACCUCAAGAUGAAAUCAAGUCACUUCCCCAACGGAGAAUCAUCCGAACCUAGCUGUGACAGUGCCCUGAAAGUGGACGCAAAGGUAAGCGAGCCCAGACACCCACGAAGCGUUGCGACUAGUGAGAUCAAGCGUAACCACAGGUACGUCAACGAAGAAAGCGUCGCGCGUUCCUCAGUUUGGAGAAAGUUGGAGGAGAGCCAAAAGAGGAGCAUGUCACAACCUAGCGCAAAGUUGCGGCAUGUUGAGAAUCGUGAGUACUUUGAUGUUUACAAUGGUGAAAUGGAUGGCGAUGUUGUCAAUGGUCAGUCCAGCAAGCGGCAAAGUGAGCCAGUGUACCAAAAUGUUGGUGUUUUGGUAGCUGAGGAUCCUGUGCCUGUGCCAGUACCAAGACCACGAACAGCGCAAAAGGAAGAGGGCGAUAGAAAGACUUCGAACUCUUCCAACAAGGUAGAUGUUUUGAAGACACGCCAAAACGGAGAAGAUGCCUCUCCGAGACAUCAUCAGGAUCGCUCUUCCCCAAGACAUGGGGAAAGGAACACGUCAUCGCCGAAGGCCCACAAAGUAAGCGCUGAUGUCAUCCCAACAUCUGACGUCAGACAGCUGCCGAGUGACGUCACUUCCCGUGACAUCACUUCUUCUCAUCAACGCAAAGACCAGAACACGGCGACAGUUCUUCAAGCGCUGGAAAGAAAGCAGAUGAAUAACGAAAAGGUUCUGGAGGCCAUCAGUCCCACCCGACCUGAGAGACUUAGCGUGAAGAACAUCUUCCACGAGCUGCCAACCCCAGCGAAGGUACCUCCCAAGUCCCUUCCGGAAGGUAUAAUCCCUGAUCAGAGGACGACUCGCCCGCUGACUUAUCAUGACCUUGUGAAAUCACCGCCAGCCAAGAUGACAGACACCUCGCCAACGGUAUCCAAGAUGGCCGACGCAGCGCUGCCGACAAACAAAAUGGCGGACGUCGCACCGACACAAACUUCCCAACCAGUAAGCGAAUCCGCUGAAAAACGUGCGGCCUCGCCCGGGGACGCUUCUUUGCGGACAUACCCAAGCCUGAGCUCGCUGAAUUUGAACUUCAAGUCUCUAGCGGCCCAGCGGUUGCUCCACGGGGCCAGUGCGAACAGCAUUGAUACGCUGGUAGAAGUGAAUAUGGCAGCUGAGAGGCGACGGUCAGCUGGAGGUACGGAAACUACCCUACUGGGUAUCCUGUAGGGGAUUCUGUAGUUCUUUUUGUUUUUGUUAGAUGGCGUAUGAUGUUUACGAAAGCUAAAGUUAAGUUUUUAGGUGAGAAGAAGGUAUUAAUUUAUGUAACAGUCGUGAAUUGUUCACUGAUGUGAUGUAUCUUCGUUGCCCACGUUAUCUACUGCGAUUGCGUUCUUGGCCUUGCACUUCGAAUUGUAAUCACUCACACUAUGAAACGAGAUAUUUUACUUCACCUUUGCACAACUUCGGUGUUGACAUAGGUACUAGAUUGGGAACAUUUUCUGUGAACCUUUUCAGUUAUUUCGAGGUUCCUCUUGUGUGUGCCAACUAGCGAACAGGUCUGUCGUGUGUAACAUAAGACACAAGCUAAGGCGGAUGAUAUUAAUUUUCGCGUGUUCAUUGUUCAAUGUGCAUGUAUGCGUACGUGUUCAAUGCGUUUGUCUUCCAUACGACAAUGUUUGUUACGUUUUUGCUAGCUAUGGUCCAUGGAAUGUAAAGAGACGAAAUGAAGGAUCGAUAGGUAUUAUAGAUAUGCGAUGCAUGCCGUUUUGAGGCUUUGCUACGUAAAUUGUGAUCCUAGUUUAUGCUUGUAUUUGCUACUGAAAUUUUUCUGCUGUAAUGUGAAACAAUUUUGUUUUGCCAGUUAUUAUGGUGUUGGCACGCUUUUUAAACCAAAUGUUUGCACCUUUGUACACUGAGGGGUCAUGUGAAUAGCUGUCCGCUGAAUGUUUGUUCGUUAGCUGUGCUUGCUUGAUGUUGAUCACUGUUUCGCUAAUGUGAUUCGCAAGCUGAUGUCAUUUUGACGAACACAUGUAAGUUAUAGGCAUGUGUCGUUUAUUAUUUUAAAACAAUGAAACAUCAUGGAUGACAAAGUCUCACACAAUGUAGUCCACUGUGUGCAAAUACACGUUUUGCAUUCGCUAA